AUGCAAUACGCUCCUCGGUAUCAGAUGCUCUAUCCAUCUCCACUACACCCCCAACAACAUCCUGCUCAAUCCGCAGUUCAGAUGAGGUUCUGUAUUCUGCGACCAGAAGGGCUUUGGACGCCACUCAUCCCACUUGAUGAGCUCCCAUCCUGGCUGCAGGUUUGCGAUUGGACGCCCGAUAAGCACUUGAGUCUCUACCCAGCAUCCUUGAGUUUCAUUCCUCGCGAAGGAGAGUACGAUGUGAUCUGCAGCCACUGCACCAGUGCUGUUGAUUCCCAGCAUAAAAGUGUUUCAGAGCGAGGACCAUCUUCUGCAUCCAGCCGUGCAGCUCGUGUUCAAAACUUCCCUGUGCAGUGCUAUUCGCCUCCGAAGAUGCAGUCCGAGCCUCGCGCCAUAACUACCGAAUUUGAUGUGACAUAUGGAAUACUUGGACAGCCUCCAUUCUGCCCCAUGCUGCAGUCCCCUAUCGUCGGGAUGUGUUUGGUUGACGCGCAUGCGCAAAAAGAGGAACUUGCGGUGGCUUCAGACGCACACUCACCAGAGACGGGUACAGAGAACUCCAUGCCACCUGGAAGCUUUGACCAGAUCAGUGCAAGGACGGAGCCAUGUUCUGCUCAUGAUGCUGAAUUGCUUAGUAUCAGCAACUCUUCUCUUUCCAUUGGUUCAUCUGGAAAUAUCCCCUCAAGGCCCAAGCCUGAUAUCUUGAAGCGCCACUCGCGACACACGCACGCACAUGAUGAUGGCUUGGUUGGCACUCCUCGACGUGUGCUCUCGUUGCGGGAUGAUAGUUCCGCAUCUGCGCAUUCUGCUGCGGCUAUGGCUGCGAUUUUGGCCAAGCAGAUACAGAGAACGCGAUCGAGACGGAUCUCCCGCACCAGCAGUCUCCAACAGAGCGCCAUCAGCCUUCACCAGAGUGCCGUCAGUCUUCAUCGGAGCGCUAGCAGUCUUCGUCGGAAAAUCGUGGCAGGUGCAGAUACCGCCGCGCCUUGGUCAUACCCUGUCGAUGCCCACACCCCCAAACGUCGCAUUAGCAAGGUCCCUUCAAUCCGGGUAAAGGUGAAAUCGAAAGGUCGUCGCAAGGUGCGAAUGCGUCGUGAGGAAGCAGGAGACCAAGUAGCCCCUAUUUCCCCCACGCCAGCUCGCAUUGAGGAGAUUCCGCAGUCAAAAGCAGAGCAGCCAAAUGCCGCAACCAAGAGACGGGAUCGCCGUGAACGGUUGAUGCGCAAGAGAAAUCAUACCGAUCGAGGCAGCCGAUACUGGCACAUGAUGAAGAUUCCCAAUUGGCGGGCCGGUAUUGUCAGGCAUUGA